GCCGACCUCCACUGUUGAGAAUGUGUGUUUGUGUGUGCGUCUCUCCUCAACAGACACGAGAUCACAACGUGAUGAGAUGUGAUACUUAACGGUGUUGUGUGUGUUUUUUUAUUCAAACUUUCUUUGAAUAUUUUGUCCAAUAUAUUCGUACUGUUUCGAUGCCGUAUUCCGACUCAUUCCGCCCCCGGGGACGCACAAUUGACUGGCCGAGGAAAAACGACUUGGUUUCUGCCGAAGAGUGUCCGCUUCCCCUCCCCUCGAUGAAGCGCUGCGAUGCCCUCUGAUUUUGUCUCCCUCCUCAGCUCGGACCUCGACCUCAAUUCCCCCAAAUCUCUCUACUCUAAAGAGUCUGUAUAUGACCUCCUCCCCAAAGAGCUCCAGCUCCAGCAGUCAUCCACCCAGACCGACCCAACCACCAUGAGCCAGAAGAGCGGAGGAGAGGCGGGGCCUCCUCCGUCUGCAGCCUUGGCUUCAGAUGCCACGUCUUCCACCUCCAACCCUACUGCCUCCUCCUCCUUGGCCAUGGGAGCCCCAAGCUCCGUUGGCACGUCCUCCUCCAACCAUCUCAAGGCCCCCCAGAAUCUCCACUCGGCUGGAGGGGAUGGAGCUGUCGCGUCGGAAGUGCAAGUCAUGGAGGCAGGAGCUGCGUCUGCUCCCAACAGGACCAACAGCGGAGCAGGUGCUGCAGCAGGAGAUCCUGGGUCAGGGGUCUUGUCAGGGCUUGGAGUUCAGCAGCCUCAAAACACCCCAUCGAAGCGGAGACCGGUUUUGAGCAUAUCCCCGCCACCUGAGGAUCUGUUCGAUGACAGUCAGAUGUCCUGCUUAGAGGAGCCCCCCGUAGCCAGCGCGCUGGGUCCAGACUCCGAGCAUAGCAGUAGCAUGUGGGCUGAUGACUCAGUUUCCAACUUCAGCUUGGUCAGCGCCUUCUCCUACAACGACAACACGGAGGUGCCGCGCAAGUCCAGAAAACGAACCCCUCGCCAGCGGCCGGGCCCCAAGCCUGCUCACCCAGAGGACAGUAUGGAUGUGUUUGACGCUGACAGUGCCAAGGCGCCUCACUUUGUCCUGUCCCAGCUUGGGCCGGACAAAACUAGCCCCAUGACCAGCUCUCUUGAGUCUGGGACUGCAGUGAAGGGUGGCUCGCUAUCUACUCAGUUCCCUCAAAAAAGCAACGGGAAGGAGCUAAAGAUGUUGGUGCAGCCUGAGACACAGCACAGAGCUCGAUAUCUGACUGAAGGCAGCCGAGGUUCUGUCAAAGACCGCACACAACAGGGAUUCCCGACCAUCAAGUUGGAGGGUGUGAGUGAGCCAGUAGUGCUGCAAGUUUUUGUAGCGAAUGACGCAGGCAGAGUGAAGCCUCACGGCUUCUACCAGGCAUGCAGAGUGACUGGUCGCAACACCACUGCAUGUACGGAAGUGGACAUCGAGGGCACCACUGUUAUCGAGAUCCAACUGGAACCCAGCAGUGACAUGACACUUGCGGUGGACUGCGUAGGAAUUUUGAAACUUCGCAACGCAGACGUAGAGGCACGUAUUGGAGUGGCAGGAUCCAAAAAGAAAAGCACCCGGGCUCGACUGGCCUUUCGAGUCAACAUCACCCAGACAGACGGAUCCGUCCUCACCCUACAAGUCACCUCAUCACCCAUUCUCUGUACCCAGCCAGCGGGAGUACCAGAGAUUUUGAAGAAGAGUCUCCACAGCUGCUCAGUAAGAGGAGGAGAAGAAGUUUUUAUAAUCGGAAAAAACUUCCUCAAAGGAACCAAAGUUGUAUUUCAGGAGAAUAUUGCAGAUGAUAAUUCCUGGCAAGCUGAGGCGAAUAUUGACAUGGACCUUUUUCAUCAGAAUCAUUUGAUUGUGACAGUUCCUCCGUUCCACAACCAAUCAAUAACUUCCCCAGUUUCCGUGGGAAUUUUUGUGAUGACCAAUGCUGGCAAAUCACACGAAGCCCAGCCUUUCACCUAUUCUCCAGACUCAGCCGAUAAUGCCGAUGUUAAAGCAGUAAAAAUUGAGGAACCUUCCUUCAAGACAUGUACAUUUGACAGUCAGAUCCAAUCUGUGUCUUCUGACCAAACUGACUGCUCUGGUCAGCCUGUGAAAAGGGAAGAGGACACACCAAUGGAAGUGUCAAGCAAUCCACACCCCACAAACGUGUUCAAGCAAUCCCCUGCCCCAAUUGUUUCAGUGCAGCAGACACUUGAGCUCAGCUCCAGCCCUCAUUCAGGUGGGGAGUCCUUUCAGAGCUCAAUGCCCCUACAACCUGAGGAUGUGGAACUUCCCCAGGCACCCUCUGUCUUUCCUAGCCUCGAGUCUCUUAACUCAAUUCAAAAGCAAGACAUUGCCCCAACGGCGUCCUUUCCAAUGUCAGGAGAUCCAACAAUCCCCCCGGUAACCCCAGAAGUCCCCCAGCAGUUCCUUAGAGACCCUCAGGAAAGCCUGCCGCCUGAAAGUUCUAACAACGGUGCAGUCAUGGUUGUAGCCAUGUCCCAAAUAGCAGCACCCUCUCCACCCCAGCCACAGCAGUCACAGGUUCCCUUAUUUGCCCAAGAAGGCGUAGCCCAGCUGGAGAGGGCAGUAAGGGAGCUCCAGGCUGGAGCUAAUCCCACACUCCAGCAGGUUAUAGAGGCAGCUGUAGCCCAGCAGCAGCAGCAGCUAAAUUCUGUGCUUUACAGCCCCACUUCCUCUGCAGACACUCUUCAACAGCACGUCCAGGAGAACAUGAACAGCCUUAGGUUGGGAGCCGCAGAUAAUUCGCUGUCGCCGCAGCAACAGCUGCAGAUUCAGCAACAUCAAAUGCAACAGCAACAACAGCAGCAGCAGCAGCAGCAAAUACAACAUUUUCAACAACAGCAAAUACUAAGUAAUCUUCAACAGCAACAUCACCAUCUCCAGCAGCAACAGCAGCAAGUCCUUGGAAACAUGCAGAUUCAACAACAACUUCUUCUACAGCCGCAAGACCAACAGCAACUACAGCAGCAACAAAUUCUGGAGAACAUCCAACAACAGCAGUUGCAACAGAAUCAGCAACAAGUCAUAAACAACAUCCAGCUUCAGGAUCAACAACAAAAUCAAAUUCUAAGCAAUUUACAACAACAUCAGCUACAACAACAACAAAGCCAAACAUUGAGCAACCUGCAGCAGCAACAGUUGCAGGAACAGCAAGUUUUAGAGAACCUGCAACAGCAACUACAGGCCGAGUUGCUCCAGCCACAAAUCCAUUCCAAUCCCCAAGUACAGCAGCCGGUCGCCCUCCUUCAGCAACCUGGUGAGAUGCUUACCAUCCAAACCAGUUUCCCAACACAGCCCCCAUCUCAUACAUCGCCCCCACAGCAGCUUUUCCAGUCCCCCAGGCCUAUUGCAGAGACCCAGGGUACCCAACAGCAGGUACAAGCGGCCCUGCUCCAGACAGUUUUGACGAGCAGCAGCCUCAACACAGAGCAACAGUCCACCGGGUCGGCCCUGUAUCUUUCGCCGAACUCUCAGUCCCAACAGCAGCAGCAGUUGGCAUUCAUCUCCACCAUGGAGACAUCCACCAGCCAGCCCCAGCCCGUUCCCAUGUUUCAUAACCAGCCUCAAGCUCAGCUUUCGCAAAUACAGCAGCAAAGCACCCCCAUGGAACAACAGCAAUCGCCACAGCAAAAUCAACAACAGUCACCACAACUUUCCAUUGGCCAACAAGGCUCUUUGUUCCAAAGCAUACCCAACCAUUCGCAACCUAACCCUCUCCCCCAGAAUCAGCUCUCCCAGCCACAGCAGACAGGUCUGCUCCUCUGCACUGCAGAACUAAAUCCCCAGACUAUCCUUUUCAGCACGCAGACCCAAGGAUCAGCCCCGAUGGGCAGUAUCUCAGUUGGACUUUCCCAACCAGAAACAGCCGAGCCAAUGUCCUUCCAGGAUCAGAGCUCCUUGGGUAACAACUCGACAUCCACUCAGAACCAACAGCGCAGCAUUUUCCAUGAGCAGCAGCCCAUGCAAGUGGGCACAAGCUCUUCUAGCGUCUCUAACAGUCGAUCGGUGGAGCUGUUCCUGCCCCAGGCCUCCCUGUCCAGCCUACAGAGUACUCUUAGUUCGCAGGAGCUAAACAACCAGACUGCAGCCCCCGGUACAACCAUCUUUGUGGUCCAGGGCGCUGUAGGCGUGGUGGACAGCCCUGGCCAACAGCCCCCGGAACAGCUUUUCCAGACAACUGUGGGUGAAAAUGUGGCCCAAGGUGGACCAGCCAACUUGUUUGUGUUUGGCAUCCAGAAUGACACUCCCCAGCUGCUCAAUUCCGCCGGCUCAACCCUUCCAGUUCAGAACCAGGCCCAGAACACAGGCCACAUGCAGCCACUGAUGGAGCAGCCCAUGGCCCAGGCGUCAUCCACCAUGCACAGUAGCCUACAGAGCAGCCUACAGAGCAGCCUCCAGGCACAGAUGCAGUCCAGCUUGGAGAGUGCCAUGCAGAACGCCAUGCAGACCAACACCCAGGUGACCCUGCAACCUGUUUUACAGCCCAACAUUGACACAAGCCUGCCAACUCCCAUGCAGACCAAUCUCCAGAUACAGAGCAGCUUACAGAAUACACUGCAGGCGUCCGACAUGGGCAAAAUUGAGGACCUACUGGAAAGUCUACAGAAGCAGUGACGUGUUUGUAUGUGUGGACCACGUGGAGAGAAGGUAGCCAUGUACUCCCAAAGUCAACGAGACUUGCCGGCGCAUGGUGUUUUGUGCCAAUGCCACAAAACUUAAAAAUAAGUAUAUUUAAGAAAUAAAUGCCCCGCCCCCUUUUACCUUAAAAAAACAAUUACGAGCUUAUGUAACUCACUUUUAUUAACUAUUUAUCAUAAAUUAUAGCCUUUGUAUAUCCAUUGUCCUUGAAUUGAUGAUCUGCCUUUUGUUAUUACCCCUCUUGCAGGAUCAGAGAGGCCUGUAAUAACUGCUUUAGUCGUAAAAACAAAUGCAGUGUUUUGUUUUUUUCAUGAGUGUUUUAAUAUUGUGGGCCUAGGAGACAGGGGGAAAACCAGCCUUUUUUGGAUGGAAAACUGGAUGGAAGAAUGUCACAACUGGGGAAUUCCAUGAGCAGUGAAUAGGCAAAAGUCGCUAUAACAGUUAUACGUCGAUUAGAACAUCUGAUUGUAGACAAACAUUGCGCUGAAUCAAAUUUUUGGGAGUUUGGAAUCUAAAAAAAUCUUUUGCUCGGAGAGGUGAUGCUCGCAGUGCAUCUGUUUUUUUUUUUGUUUUUUUUAAUCACUCAAAUUUGCUCUAACGGUAAAUGCUCUUAUGUUAUGUACAAUUGAAGGGAAGGCACUUUCAAAAAAAUAUAAUGUCCACAAACUAUUACAGUGAAUCCACAAUUAUUGCAACAGUUAAAUUCCAGACCCACCCAAGAAAAUCUACAAUCUAAAAAGACUAUAUAGAGUGGAACCUCGAUUUGAUGGAACCAGAACCAAGGAUGUCUUUAUUUAACAGAAAAUUUGCAGAAAUAGUCGUGUCCAGCUGAAGCUCAAAACGUCCGCCCGUAACAGCGAGCGGGGUCCAUGUGUUCUGAAUUGGCAGCUUUUGUUUGCAGACGCAAUUAACAGACAGAGCCUGGUACUCUAGUUCUGCUAGCGAGCCCGCUGCGAUCGCCUCCAUUUUGGCCAUGGCGGUGGAGCAGCUGAGCGUGCAGCGGGGUCGGGAGUCCAAGGCCACACGCUCUACAGCCCUAUGUUCACUGGAGCUUUCAUCUUGUGCAUACAUCGCUCAAAUACUCUCUACUGGUUUUGGUUCCGUCAGUAUACAGUUGUCAACUUUUCAAGCCAUUCACAAAGACAUCCAAACAAAAAGGAAGUGUUCUAACCCUAGUAACUGGUGAUAAAUUGAGUCAGCCGUUUCCGUGGUUACAGUAAGACAAUAUGUUUAAAUCUUCAAACAACUGUAUACUGUUAAAAAAAAUGAGAAAAAUAUUGCGUCAAAAUCUGCGAUAUAGGGGGAUCUCAAACAAAUUGCCAUAUAGUGGGGGUUCACUGUAAUAGUCAAAAGUGUUAUGAAGCACAUUCGUUUUGUUGACUCAAGUUUAACACUCCCGAAUGAGAUUGAACCCGGUUGAAUACUGUGACUUAUCUCGGUGUUUCCAAACAACUAUGAAGUUUGUCUUAUCUUUUUUUUUUUUUUUUGGUCCAACUCAAUGUGGAUAGAAACUUUACACUUUGAGUGUUGUGUGGUUUUAGAGACAUUUUAUCUCAAGCACUUUAUAACCUCCUCUGUGUAUCCAGCUAACCCUUACAUCCAUCCAUGCAUCCAUCCAUAUGCGAAAACAUAAACACGCACCAAGGCAUCAAAACGGUGGUGAAAAAAGCAGUCUUUGCAGGAUAAAAACAUAGCAGAGCAUCUUCUCAAUAGUUUGUACUUCGAGGCCAACUUAGUAUUGAAAGAUUCAAAAUGUGAAUCCCAAGUUGUACUGUAUGAAAGGGGCCUUUUUUUUUUUGUUUUUAAUUCCAGGAUGAAGUUUCAAAUUUUUUUUGUUUUUAAUUCCAGGAUGAAGUUUCAAUUAUAUAAGAAUAAAAUCUUAAUUUUAAGAUUAAAAAUGCUGAAUGUUUGAACAAGUCCUAAUAUUACAAGAAUUAAGUCAUAAAGUUGCGAGAAUAAAUCAGGAUACAUCUUUUAUUAUUGGCUAAAUUAGGGCUCUUCCCGCCAUGUUCCAACAAGGACUAAAACAUUUUUUUUCCCCUAUAAAUUGCGAUUCUGUUUUAAUGUCAUUUUUUUUCAAGGUCCAUUCCACUUUUUUUUUCUUUUUAACAAACAAGCAAUGAAUUCAUCUUUCUUACAAAAACAAUGUCAAAGCUAUUAUACAUUAUAGCAGGGGUUCUUAACAAGUCAAUCGCGAUGACCGAUAGCCCGUGGACUGGUCCCAAGUCGAUCACCGGGGAUGUAGGGGGAAAUGGGGUAAAGACAUCAAACAAAUGAAGGCGUGGAUUACAACAACAAUGCAAACAAAUCUGUGGCUUUACCACUUCAACAUUUCCAAUUUCUCAUGUUUCAUGAAAAAUUAUAUGGCUAUAUGUGGGCUGCACAUCUUAAACACUGAACUUAACGAUCUACAUCACUAAAUAACAAUAUGCAUAUAUAAAAAAAUAAAUGACUUACCGUCAUCCGACUUCAAAACCGGCUAAAGAACCAGGAGGCAUUACAAGCGGUGGCAGAUGCAUUGACGGCGCCUCAAUUAAAUGAGGAGGAACAUCAUUUCAUAUGGUGCCACGAUGGGCGCAUAGCUUGAAUAAUUGAUUCCUCUGCGGCGUUUUCACGUUAUUUUCUGUCUCUACGGUGAACCACAGUCUGUGGUUGAAGAAGCCCUACAUGCACAUUUCAUCAGUAAGAAUGUGAUUAUAAAUGUUCUCGUACAAGGUAUAUCUCCGAGUGCUUCUGAAAGAUUGGCCUGCAUCAUGUUGUCAGAACCAUCAACAGUAAAGUGAAAGCUCAUCAGGACAAAAUGUGCUGCAAAAUGUUAACCUCGAAGUCACGAAUCACGAUACUGACAUAUGUUCUUGAUGGUGGAUGCAAACAGUGAAGUUGAUUCUUUGAGAGCAAAAUGAUUGCACUGAUAACUUAAUAAAAAAAAUAGAAGUUGUAAGGCAACGUAAGGUGGCUGCGCUCUGGCUUCAGCCGCAAGUGUCCAUUUGUUAGUCCACUCAUAUCUAAGUCUGUGGCUCCAAUAUAUGACAGCAACCGGAAUGAAACAAAAUAUAUAGCACAGAGGGUGUUUUUUUUUUGUUUGUUUGUUUGUUUUUGUUUUUUAAACUUCGCAAGACUAAAAAAGAUCGAAACGCGUUAGAUUGACCUUGAGGUCUCAUAAGUGAAAACUUGCUGAAAAUGACGUACACCUACGGCAGCAGGUUUGAAGUGCUGACGUUUCUGCCUAUUUUGAACUCCUCUGACAACUUCCGUUCCCAAUAGCAAGUCUACUCGGGAUUAUAUUGCAAAUGCAUUUUUUUUUUUUAUUGUUACAACUGGUUUCUCAGCUUUAUCCUCAGAAAAUGUUUAUACAAGACAAGUGUUAGUUAACCCUCAAAAUGUACCAGGAAAAUAUCCAAUUAUUAACAUUCUUGACUUCUUUUAAAAAUCCGACACUUUCUCAAAACGUAUUUAAAGAAAAAUCCCCAGGAAAAAUGUGAACUUUAUUCCGUUAACAUUAUAACUUUUUUUCCUCUCACAAACACUUUUUUUUCUUCUCUAAAUAAUCCCUCAGAAAAAAAAUCCAAUUAACACAAUGAAUAAUUCUUGUGAAAUGUUAAGAUAAUUCUGCUAAUAUAACUGAAUCUCAGUCCAACUUAAUUCUGCAAAUAUGACGUUAAAGUUACUUUCUCAUAGUAUUAUCUGUAUUCUUCAAAAAUAGGACUCAAAAUAUUUCCCGGGUAAAAAAAAAAAUCAACUUUGUUGUAACAGAAUUUUAUUCACCAUCCAUCUAAUUUCUGAAGCAUUCUCAUCAAAUGGCAGCAGUGUUGUUUCCCCUCCCCCACAACUUUAUUCAGUAACGUUGUUACUUUUUUUCACCCUAAUUUAUUUCCGUGUGGCCCGAAUACUGCUCGUCGGUUCAGUGUGGCCUGUGCAUUGGCCAUUCUCUCUGGCCAUGUUUUUUUUUUUUUUAAAUCGGUAUUUUCCAGUCCUGUGUCAGAUGUUGUGUUCUUCCUAACACUUGGUUGAAAUGAAGAUUUAUCAUAUUGCUCUAUAUGUUCAUACUGGUUGACCUCGUGUCUGUGGAAGUUUUAAAGAAGAGGCAGGCAGCAUGUGACUUUGGCACCUUCCCGACUUUUGUGAACGGUAACUACGAUGAUGGAGGCGUCCCAUUUUGGUUUUGCUGUGCCAUGUUGGUGCACUCUACUAAUCAGUUUAAUUUCAUGUAUUGUCAUCUGGUUGUUGCUUUGAAGCAGUGGUCAAACCAAAGCUCCUGACGACAAAAUACCCCCCCCCCCCCGCCCUCGUAAUGUUUACUCAAUUCUACUUGCAGCUCAAGUGUGUACAGUCCAGAGAAAGAUAUGUAAAAGGUACUUUAAAGAACAUUUAUGCCAAUUUGAUCCCUCAAACAAGCAUCGUAACAUCACACCGCUCUACGUACUUAAGCAUAUCUACAAAAACAAAAAAAAUGGUGUCUCACUUCUUUGUUUACAUUUUUCAUCUUUAUUCUAGUCUGGUCGCUGUUCGUGAUCCAUUUUAAAGUAAAUUAUCUUUUUUAGACUUUUGUAUCCAUGUAUCAAAGUGUAGAGUAUUUUUGUAACUGAAACAAACAAAGAGGUGUUGUUGGAUUCUCACAGUGCAGAAUAGUAUCAGUGGUGGUAUGUUGUCCGAAAGCUAGCGCAGGUGUGUUGUGCUCCAAGUAAGUCCAGAUUGACCUGAGUUUUCUUUUCUUUUUCCUCAUCUUGUAUACAGAGGAUCCUCCGUUUACGACUGAGUUAUAUUCAUACUCCAGUGACGUAACCUGGAUUUGUAUGUAAUAUGUAGUCUAUCACAAAGCUUCAGCAAUAGUCAUAAUUACAGUUCAUAUUUGUAUUAAAACACUUUUGACACAUAUAAAACAAAAAAAAAAACAGUAUAAAUUCCAUUUAUUGUAUGAUUGUUUCUCAGACCUCGACACCAACAACGUCGUAAGGCUACAUUGUUUUACGUCUGAAAAAAUGCCACCUUCUGAAAUGGAGUGUGUGUGAGACAACAUUCAAUGAUAAAUUAUUCAAAUCCGGAAAUUCAGAUUUUAUGACCAAUUGUUAUCUUAAUUUGAGUCUCCACCGAUUCACUUUAAACGAAGAAGAAACAAAAAUGCAUUUCUAAGCAGAAGUUUUUGAAUCAAAGUUGUUCGCUGCUUCCAAUACGAUUAGGGAACAGGCAUUUUGGGUGUGAGUCCAUACUCUACUGUUCUUGGUCUCGGUUUUUGUGAAAUAAAUUUCCCUCAUAAAUGUGACUUUAGUCCAGUAUGGCUUUUUUUUUUUCUUUCUUUCUUCCUCUUCACGCUGAAUUUUUUGGGCUGGUGCAGCUUAUACUCCUUAGCAACUUCCGAAAAAUACGGUACUUAAUUCUCAUACUCUUAUGACUUGUGUUUCAGAACAUUUCAGAUUUUUUUUUUCACCAUUAGAACAUAAUGAAACAUGACCCAAAUGUUUUGCUCGUUACUUUAUGCCAUAGGUGUCAAACUCAAGGCUCCGGGGCCAGAUCUGGGCCACCACAUCAUUUGAUGUGGCCCGCGAAAGCAAAUCAAACAUGUUGACUUAUAUGAUGCUUACUAAAAUUUUACGCUAAUUUCAAAUUCUCGUAUGUAAUAUAUAAAAGAGCUAUUUUAAGUUUUCUUGUUACCAAAAUCCCCAUUUCAGUAACUUAUAGUUGAAGAAACCAUUAUUCUUGACUUCUUUCUAUGGUUUCACGUUCACAAGUAAAGUCAGAAUUACAGUAAAUAUUUUUCUGAGAAAGACUCGAAGGUCAUUAAUAUAAAUCAAUUAACCUUGAAACAAUAACCGAGGACUCUAAAUAUUGCAGAGAAAUUAUUUGUGUAAGUUUGCAGCUUUAAGUUGUAUAUUUUGAGAGAAAGGGUAUAGUUUGUUUUAAGUACAGAAUGGUUUUUUGCGGUGACAGACUGCAAUUGGCAAAAAUGUGUCACUAAUUGAUACUCCCUUAUAAUUUUCAUGAAGAAUACAAAUUCUGGGGGGAAAAAGUACGAGGGGCUUGUUCAGGUAAAAAACAACCAAAAAGGUUAUCGGGUCCCAUUGGUUCCCGCCCCAAAACUAAAAUAGGUCAGAUUAUUAUAAACAAACCAGGAAUAUGUGGGGAUCCACUGUAUACACAGUAUGACUCGCGUGAAUCUUUUUUUUUUCCUCCCCAAAUAUUCCAUUUUAUUCUCAAAAUUGUAUUACACCAUUGAUGUAACCCCGUAAUUUGUCACAGAUCACUAAAGUCAGGAUUACAGUCAACAAAUGUAUGAAAAACACUCGUCCUUUAAUAUAGAACAAAUGAAAACCAGUAAGUACAGUGGGAACUAAGCGUUUCUUUGUGUGCCGCGCGAUGGCAUUUUCUUGCAUGGCAUUCCAUUCCUAACCUGGAAACGCGGUACACGGUAAACCUUGGAUCCCAUCUGUAAUAACCCACUGCCACAUGCGCUACAUGGUCUAGUGGCAAUGGUCAAACAUCUCAAAAGUGGCAUUUUUAAUUUUAUUUAUUUUUUUUUUUAAACUCAUCCAGUAAACUGUAGGCCAGGUUAGCGCACACUUGUCAGUUUUCAAGCAUUCCAUUCCUCUUGAUUAUAGGGGGAACUAAAAAGCACAUUUGAGAAGAGUAUGCUUCUUAAAGCCAUACUAGAAGAAGAGGAGAGUGAGUGGGUGGGCUUCAGUUUCAUGAAUGUAAUUGUUUUACCUCAUGCUAUGUGCACAUCAGACCAAUUUGCAGAGAACAUUUGCGGCAAACGUGUACAUUUGUCCUUUUUUUUUUUUUUUAAUGCAUCAUUGUCGGUCCUGAAGUAGAGAACACUCGACUGAAGUGGGGGGGCGGGGGGUGAAAGCACACAAAUCUUUUACCUUUUUACACACUUUUGUCCUUCACUGGUGUGUGAAUGAAUAUCCGUGUAUAUUUAAAUGUGAAUUAUACUGCAGGGGUAUGUUGAAUUUCAAUGGUGGCGCUUUCAACAGAACUUUGUGUGCCUUGGAAAAAAAAAAAAGUUUUCUCUGCUGUUGACUCUCUUUACUGUCCUUUCCACCCCUUAUCUCCUGCAUUUUUUUUUCAAAACUACAGCCCAUACUGGUUGUUUGUAUUUUUGAACAACCAUUGCAUGAUAUCAUUCUACCUAUUUUGGGGUGCCUCGUGAGAUUGAAUUGAGUUGUUUUUGUUUUGUUUUGUUUUUAAAAAGGGACGAAAUAAUGGCGAUUUGUUUCCUUGCAAGGGUGUUUUUGUGCUGCCGUGCUUCUCUGCAUUUACUCGACUGUUGCUGUGAAAGGCAAAAAAAAAUAAGUUACUGUUCAUUGCCAAUAGCGUGAGCCGUAUGUCGUACUGUUGUAGUCAAAAGGAGCUUACCCUCAGUUUGCUUUGUCAUUCUUGUUUUGUGUGUGGGUGUGUGUGUGUGUGCGCGUGUGUGUAGUAUAUAUUUAGCCUUACAGCCCUGCAUUUAGGGAUAAUGGUCAAGCCCCCUCAGUGUGUUAUCAUUCAUUUGAAUUAUCAUUAUGUACUUUGCCUUGGUCUGGACAUUUGUAUACUCUCUUCAGUUUGUAUCUGUAAUCCUGCUGCUACAUUAAAUUAAUUAAUAAAAGUGAAAAAA